AUGUCUACCUAUAUUCAAUACCUACUAUCUCUCCCAAGUAAACCCUCUCCCACCCUUCCCCUAUUAUGUGUACUACAAACAACCUUCCCCACCAAACUCCUCCUCCCCACCCACCCCGCCUACCCUUCCCUCCUCCACCCCCCAUCUCCAUCCCCCACAUCCUCCCUCCCCCCACCCAAACCCGCCUGCAUCUUCCUCCCGCACACCACGCACGACAUAUCCCAAUUCCUCACAAUCAUCAAACCCUUCACCGAUACCAACGAAAUCAUGUUCGCGGUCCGCGGGCACGGAGGGCAACUUACCCCCGGGUGUUCGAAUAUUUCGAAUGGGAUUUUGGUUGAUUUGCGGAAUGUCACUGGGAUUAAAGUUGUCAGAAGUGGGGGUGGGCGGGUGGUUAAGAUCAGCGCAGGGGAAACCUGGGGCAAUGUAUAUGAUAUUCUUGCUACUAGGGGGUUAUGUGUUACCGGGUCGGGGAGGGGGGAGUGUGGUGUUGGGGGGAGUGUUCUUGGAGGUGGAAUAUCCAUCUUCUCCCCCCGUGAAGGCUUCGUGUGCGACAACGUCCUCAAUUUCGAGGUAGUGUUAGCAUCAGGAGAGAUCGUGAAUGCCAACGCCAAUCAAAAUGCUGAUUUGUGGCUCGCCCUCCGCGGCGGAGGAAACAACUUCGGAAUCGUGACGCGAUACGACAUGCGUACAUUCCGCCAGGGCCCGAUCUUUGGCGGAAGUGUAUCCUACCAUCACUGUGAUUUGGACGAGCAGAUUGAGUUACUGGUUCGGGCGUUGAGGAACGGCCAUAUGACGCUCGAUACGCACGUGCGAAUGACAAUCAGCUAUCAGAAGAAAUGGGGCGGGUUUUUGUGCACCAAUCAGGUGUAUUAUACGCAUGCGGUGCCCGGGCCGUUGGUGUUACGGCAGUUUACGGAGAUGAAGUGUGAGGUUACUUCGCGGAGGAGGAUGAGUAUGAUGACGAUGUGGGAGGCGGGGAGGGUGAGAGAUUUGGAUGUGGAUGUGGAUGGGGAGGGAGUCAAGGCUGAUUUCGAGACGUUGAGUAAAGUGUGGAGGGUGUUUCGGGGGGUGUUGGGGCGUGAGGAUCAUAGUGAUGGGUUGGUCUAUUCGAUGACGUUUCAGCCGCUUCCGAGGAUUGGGGGGAAUUCGCUGGGGUUGAGUCCGGAGGGGGGGCCGUUGGUGUCGGUGGUGUUGUCGACGUAUUGGAGGGAUGGGGAGGAUGAUGAUGUGGUUUUGGGGUUGAUGAAGGAGGUUCUUGGUAGGAUUGAGGAUGAGGCGGCGAGGAGGGGGACUGGGUCCAGGUUCAAGUUGAUGAAUUAUUCGUUUGAUUUUCAGGAUCCGGUUGCUUCGUAUGGGUUGCAGAGUCAGUUGAGGUUGUUGGAGGUUAGUAGGAAGUAUGAUCCCAGUGGGAUGUUUCAGAGAGCGGUGCCGGGGGGUUCAAGUUAA